CCCAUUCAAAAAUCAAAAUUGCUGCUGAUUCAUUCGCUCGAGUCUCCAGUCCAGUCUCCACACUCUCUUUCUCACCCUCACUCAAUCCGAUCACAUUUUCUGACUAAACGAUGGAUAUUGAUCUAAACCCUAAGGUUUCCACGAAGCUGCGUGGAGGAGUAGGAGGAUCCUACUCCUCCUGGAGUCCAGACGAACUGGGAAUGAUGAAGCGUAGCAACAUAGCUGCUGCGAAGCUUGCUCUGGGGAAGGAUGCGAUCGCACUCCCGCACUACUCGGAUUCCGGCAAGUUCGCGUUGGUUCUUCAAGGCAAUGGAGUCGCCGGCGUCAUUCUCCCGGAGAAGGAGGAAAAGCUGAUCGGGAUCAGGAGCGGUGACGCCAUCUCGCUCCCCUGUGGCGCCGUGACCUGGUGGCACAACAAGGAGGACGCUGAAGUGAUUGUUCUUUUCUUGGGAGAUACCUCAAAGGGCGACAACCCUGGUUACUUCACCGAUUACUGCCUCACCGAGUCAAACGGCAUCUUCACCGGCUUCUCCAGCGAGCUAGCUUCGCUGGCCUGGGAUGCGGACGAGAGCACCAACGACAGCGUUCUGACUUAUUCAAAUCCACACUUAAACCUUGGCGCCAAACCAAUCCUUCUCCUUCUCGGAUUCGGAUUCCCUAGCACUUGCAGCUUGACUCCUUACUCCAACAAUUACAUCAAGCUCCCGAACCUAAAAAAUGAUGAUCGUGACGGGCUGGUGUACAAUGCCGAUGAAUUCGAGUUCAAGAACGGUGAAUUGGUGUUACUGAACGCCGACAAACUUCCUUUGGCUGCUGAUAUAGGCCUCUGCGCCGGUCUAGUGAAGCUGGAGGGCAGCGCCACUUACAUCGUGAAGUCGAAUUACAUCACGAUGCACGCCACUUACAUCGUGAGUGGGAGUGGCAAUGUCGAGCUUGUGGGGGUGGAUGGCAAGACGGUGCUGGAUGCUUCUGUCACGGCUGGCCAAUUAUUCAUUGUGCCCCGAUUGUGUGGCGUCUCAAAGAUCUCUGAUCCUGAUGGAAUGUCUUGGUUCACUAUUUUCCCCACUCCAAUCCUCCCUCAGCCACCGGUGGCUCUACCUAGGCACCGUGCUACUCAUCGUGCACGUCGUGAACAACGACUAGCUCGUACUCGGCCCUGCAACUGCGAGGGCUGUACUGCUGUUUUUCCCCUCUCGGGUCUUAAGGCCCAUAUCAAGGCCGUUCAUAAGGCCUUCAAGUUCAUAUGCAACCAUUGCGGCGAAGGAUUCAAGCUGGAGAGCGAGUCUGAGGAUCAUAUAUGCUGAGGUAGGUACCAGUGCUGUGGAUAUUAUGUUCUGCUGCCAAUAGAGGCUAUUGGAGGGCUUCGGAGAACCUGAGUGUUGUUUGUUUCGAUUUUGAUAGACUCUACUUCACCUGCUUUGUGAUUCACGAACUGCAAUCUGCUCACUCGGGGUCCUCGCCUUGCAUAACAGUCGCUUAGUAGUAUGCCUUAGCUUUUACGUAAAAGUAGAACUCCGUGUUACUUGUUACAGGAACGGAACUAGCAGAAGUCGUUGCUGCUUACUACAGUAACGAAACUAACGGUACAUAGUGGGAAGGUAAACUUUGAACUUCAUGCACGCCCAUUGAGUAUCUUUCACCACUGACAUUUGUUGCCUUUCUCUUGCCUAUCUCUGUCUGUGAGUUCCCCCAAAGCUUGCUUCUAGCCUGCAAUCUGCAUUUGAGAAGUUGUGCAAAUGUUCUCUCGAUGCUGUUCUUAUGGGUAGUCUGUCAGAAUUUCUGAAUCAGAAACGUGCUGUAAUGCUCAAUACUCUGAUUAGUUGCUUCUGUUUUGAGAUCCUUGUCUGUCAUUUUGAGGAGCUGAUUACUUGGCCAAUAAGGGCCAUGAUAUUUCCAUCAGGAACUUUUCUGAUUCCUCCUCAGGCAAUUCGAUCAUGAACACUGCCUGAAUUACCGAAUCUCCU